CUAUCUAAGCCGUACUUGGGUUUUUGGGCGGAGUCCUUUUAGCGUUCUGUAUCGUUUAUUUUAUUAAUUUGUAAUUUGUACUUAAAUGUGUUUUACUUGCGUUUGACGCGUACAUCAUUUUUGUCGACGAUAAACUAAUAAAUCAUCCAAAAUGAGACUGAGGGCGAUAUUGGGCUACUCGAUCUUCGGAACGGGAUCCACAUUGAUGUCGGCUAUCAUACUGUUCUACCUGUUGGCCGGUAAAGGUGAGCAAAUCAGUAUUGGCUGGUUCUUGGCCAAUACAUCGCCCUAUAUGUGGGCUGUGUUGGGUAUAUCAUUGGCGGUUGCUCUAUCGGUGGUUGGAGCCGCGUUGGGAAUACACACGACUGGUGUGAGCAUUGUCGGCGGUGGAGUGAAAGCACCUCGCAUUAAGACCAAGAAUCUUAUAUCCGUCAUCUUCUGUGAAGCGGUGGCUAUCUACGGACUGAUCACUGCAAUCGUCAUGUCUGGCCAGUUGGAAUCGUUCACAGACAACGUGGACACCGCACAACAAAUCAGGGAUCAAAAUUGGAUGGCCGGCUAUUUAAUAUUUGCUGCCGGUAUUAGCGUAGGUCUGGUAAACCUGUUUUGCGGUAUAGCUGUUGGAGUAGUAGGUUCGGGUGCGGCAUUAGCAGAUGCAGCCAACUCAUCGCUUUUUGUCAAGAUUUUGAUUGUUGAAAUUUUUGGCAGUGCCAUUGGUCUUUUCGGUUUAAUUGUUGGCAUAUAUAUAACUUCCAAAGUGAAGAUGGGUGAUAAGUAAUCUAACAUUCUAUGUUAUUCAUGUGUAUAUUGAUUUUUGAAUAGUUUUAUUUUGAUUUUGAAUUCUCCAAUAAAAAAUGUAAUACAUUGGAUGGUUUUUAAAUCUACCAAGUAGUAUUAGUGUUAUUACUAUAAGUUAACUAAUUAUUAUUUCACUUGGUUUAUUAUUCAAUUUAUUUGUAAAAUACCAAUUCCAAAUACAUUUCACCUAGCCGAUUAUAAUAUUAUACAUUUAUAUAUAUGAAAAAAUAAUUGUUUUAUAUAAUAAAUUAUGUUAACACAUAGUCUAUUUCCAUCCAUAUUGUAGUAAUUGUGAUCAAAUUUGGCCUACUAAUGAUAGUGUAUGGAAAAUAAUUCAUACAAAAUUAAAAUCCUUUAACUUGUAGACUUCUUAUUAUAAGGGAUAGGUUAAUAAAUUCAAUUUUUGCAGUGCAUACUGUCCGAGUAAUAUUCUAAGUAUCAUGUUACUUUUAAGCUAGUAAACAAUAAACGAAGACAAAUUGUUCAUUUUAUUUUAAUAUUUAAUACCAAAAUAUGUACUUCAUCAUUCCACGUGUUCAUAAAUAAAUACUUGUUAAUUAAAACAUUA